UAAAAUCUCCACCCACAUUUCAAAAUUAGGGUUUGGGAAUUCGAGCACACUCUUUCUUCUUCUUCAGCAGCAUUCAGCCAGACCCCCAUCUCCCGAAAAUGCCGAAGCAGAUUCACGAGAUAAAGGACUUCCUUCUCACCGCUAGAAGGAAGGAUGCACAAUCGGUGAAGAUCAAGAAAAGCAAAGAUGUCGUCAAGUUCAAGGUUAGGUGCUCAAAGUACCUUUACACCCUUUGCGUGUUCGAUCUCGAGAAAGCUGAUAAGUUGAAGCAAUCCCUUCCACCGGGUUUAAGUGUUCAAGAUCUGUAAGCUGUGGAACUUUCUGCUGUUGGGAGGUUUUUAUUUGGGUUGAAAGAUAUUUUACGUUUUGAGUAAUUAGUCCCUGCUGAACUUUGUUGGAUGCAAUUAAGGACACAUUUGUAGUUGGGAUUUUUUUUUUUAUGAGAUUUGAUGAUUUAAUUUGAUAUGAUGAUUGAACUUUUUAUAUUCUUCGUAACCUAAGGUGAAAUUCUUGAGUAGCUAUUUUGC